AGCACCGGUGGGAAAUUUGACAGUGCGCGAAAGACUGUUGUUCGAUAUUGCACUCCAAGCUAUUAUUAAUCGUGAAAAUACUAAUGCUUACACGACAUGGACCGUUACGUGUUGGUUAUAUCAUUUUGCCAAACUGAUGACGACCUGGCGGAGGAGUGUAACGUUACAUGUCUGGAGCCAGUAAAGCAGAUACAUGACAAACUUGUGGACAUCUCAACUCAGGAAUCCGUGAGAGGGAUCUCUGUGUUUCCUGCUUGUUCUCUCAGUGGCAGCCCAUCAGUUCAGAGAUGGCACUUUGCAGUUCAGGCUUGCCAAGGAGUUAUGCAGUUUUGCAGCUCAGACUGGGAAGAGCUGUGGACAGGCCAUCAGAAAACGGACCGUGAAGAGGAGAAGCCGACUGCUGUGGAGUCAUGUCUCAGUGUUCUGAGUAAUCAGGAGGCACCGGACCAAAAGGAUGAUCAGCCAACACUGACAGAGCUGCUAGAGGAGGCUGCAGAAGGACUGCAUCUACUGUCAGACAAGCUACCACCUCCAGGUAAAGCCUUGUUGGAUGUGCUUGUGUUGGGCUCUGCAGAGCAGUCCCCUCCUAUAAAGGACCUGCUGCCUCUGUUGGGAGCCCUCAAACACAUCUCUUGCUGGCAUGCUGCUAAGAUCACUUUUGUCACACAGCACACCACUGGGUGGCAGAAAGCAGCGUCCUACCUGAGUGCCGGGCUGGUGGAGCCUGCUGACCUACACAACUGUAUGGACCACAGAGAACUGUGGAGGGGUGGCCUGGUUAUUAGGGAGAAGAAGUAUGCGUCGGAGCUCCGUUUCGAUGGCUUUUCUCUGCGCUCUCCACUGCAUCACAUAUCAGGGACCAGUCUCUUGCAAGCUCCCUACACCACUACAGAGCACAAACUACAGUCUGAGGUCUUCCAUUACUACGCACCAGUUUUAGAUUUGGUUCAGCUGGUUAAUCUGUCAGAGCUGCCCAGCUUUUUGAUGUCCACAACCCAGUUUGAACUAAGCCUAUCUGGGAAGUCGAUGAAAGCUAAACUUCUGUUGGACCAGCUGAGGUCACUGCGUGGAAAGGUUGGAGCAUUGUUCAGCCUGUCCUGUAUAAUCACACCCAUCGCCCAGCCCCCAGCCGGCCAGCUAAGCUCCCAGCGCUGGAGAGAGUCUAUAGCCAGGAGACCAAAGUCUUUACCUGUGCCUGACGUGGAGGUAAAAGGUGAGAGUGCUCACUACCUUCUGUUGGUCCAGGGCUCGGAUGGCGUCGGGUUGGGAGGCUGCAGGGUCAGGAUGUUGCACUCAGACAGUCAAAUCAAUGGAGGGGCUGCCAUGGCAACCAUCUCCGGGUUACUGAGGGAGAAGUCUCUGUCAUCAUCAGGAGGAGCUGUAGGCAACAUCCUCUGCCCUCUUCCCUGUCUCCAAGGAGACGCCCUGCUAAAGAGAGAGAGGAAGGUGACCCAGGUCCAGACACUGGUACUCAAAGAAUAUCUCAGACAGAAAGAAGAAGCAUCAGCCUCACCCUCAAUACCCGUCAAUGACUUGAAGGUGAUUCUGAGUCUAGCCAGGGAGCAGUAUCUGAAGAUGACUGACUCCACUCUGCCCUCUGCUGCCACCUGUCUGACAGACAAGCAGGAGAGCACAGCCGCCAAGAACUCAGGUUUUCAGACCAUUUCCCACCUGCAAUCUGACUGGCCUGAGAGGAGCGUCCUCCACAACAUAGAGAACCUGCAGAGGAGACGACAGAAGAGGAGAUUUGGUCUGUUAGGUCCAGGCUCCAGUGACAGUCUGCUGGGUCCUAAAGACAUUCAAAAGAGCUCCCCUGCAUUACUGGACGCCAGAGAACUUCUGAAACAUUUUACAUGUGAUGGCCUGCCUACUGGGGAACUGCAACUACUGGCUAUCAGUAGAGGUAAUAAUGUAUUUCAGUUGUCACCAGACCUUUCUCCCAGGAGAAUCAGCCAGAUGUCCUUCAACAAAGCCUCAGUGUCGCAUUACCAUGGCAUAGAGUUCUGCCUGGACAACCAGCGGUCCCUGGACCGGGACCAGGCCUUUGUAAAACUCCAGUCCCGUCUGAUUCGCUAUGAGACCCAAACCACCUGCUCCAAGGAGCCCUGUGCCCUCCCCUUCGCCCUCAGCCCCGCCCCCUCCCCUGCCGUGAUGUCAGAACCAGGAAGUGUGCCUGACGGCGAGACUCUGCAGAACGCUGAUGUAGCGCGACUCAAGCGCAGGUCAUGGGACACUGACAUUGUCGGAGGUUAUCCUCGCAAGAGGCUGGUGAAGUCGGAGAGCAGUGACUCCCUCUGUUCUCAGAGCAGUGGCAGCAGUGGGACACACCCUGCUAUUAGGUCUCUACGGCAACAGCCACGCAGAUCCCAGUCCACAUCCUCAGGUUUGGUGACUCUUGCCUCUGCUGACAAACCUAAACCUCAGCAGCUGAAGACGCAUUAUGAACAAACAGAGGACAAACCUUCCAAAGAGUCACGCUCCCAGAAACACAAUAGGAUGCUGCAGGAGGUAGUGGCUAAAACACUCAAACACCACGGGAUCACUGCUGAGCAUCAGUGCUUUGAGGCCUGCAGCAAAAGACUGUUUGAUAUUUCGAAAUUCUAUCUCAAGGAUCUGAAGACAUCUCGCGGUCUGCAUGACGAGAUGAAGAAGGCAGCCAGUAGCAACGUUAAACAGGUCAUUGACUGGGUGUUGGAGAAGACCUCAAAAAAGUGAAGAUGUAUUCUAUAUGUGAUUUUAUUUCAUAGGUAAAAGAGUCCUGCACCAUUUAAAAAAAAAAAAAAA